AUGGGUAUCGCAGCUAAUGAUGACGUCCCCUACAGGUUUGAGCUCUUCCUGCUCGGCGACGACGAGAAGAAGGUCACCUGGGAGCUCGACACACGCGUUCCCAACACUGCAAUCUUCACCUUUAAUAAAGAAGACCACACACUCGGUAAUCUGCUCAGCGCUCGACUACAUAAAUACUCAUACAUCCGCUUCUCCGCAUACAAGAUUCCGCACCCGCUGUUCGCGACUUUCGAGCUGCGCGUCACCACAGACGGCAGCAUUACCCCCAAAGAUGCGAUUGUAACGGCAUGCAAAGACGUUGUGCAGGAUCUGGACACAUUGAGCCGGGAAUUUACAAAAGAGUGGGAGUUGAAGAAGAUCACUGCCGAGGGGCCAAAGUGA